AUGGCCAUUCCAUCAGUGCCAUUCGCAACCGGUAAUAUGAGGAGAGCUUUUCUAGUGAAUAUUAAUAAUAUGCCAGCUGAAAUGUGGCUGGAUGGACAGCCACAAAAUAAAUACGUUGUAAAACGCUACGUUAAACGAAACUUGGAUAGACAACAUCUGCAUAGAAUUGAUAUUCAAAUGUUGGUCUUAGCUCGCAAAAUUCUUAUGAACUUCAAGGCCGAUCUGGCCGACUGUACUUGCAACGAUGCAGCGCUGCUAUACA